AUGAGUGAAUAUCAAAGGUUUGCUAGGAAGCUUAAUCCUUCAUUUAAAAGUGUUAAACUACUAAAUAGACCUUUAAAGGGGAAAAAUAAAAAUCAAGAUGAUUUUGAUUCGGUAAGGAUUGAAGAGGUUAAUGCUCUAAAUAAAUCAAUCAACCCAAUAAAAGGUUUGUUCAAGCCUAAACAAAAAAAUAUUACUAUUCAAGAUUCAAAUAUAAAACCAACACCUUCGGAGAUUGGAAUAUUCAGUAGUGGUCAGAUGUCCGGAAAUACUGCUACUAGUUUGAGUUCAAAUUUGCCAGAAGCAUUAUUGGCAGAAGCAAUAAAAAAUAAUCGUGUAAAGUUACCUGGAUAUUUGGAUUUACCAGGAAAACUAAGUAAAAACUUAGACAAAGGUAUCGCAGGAUUAACACCUGGGGUUUCAACUGAUUCAGGAAGGAUACAUGACAAUCUAGAUAGGCUAAAAAAUGAAUUUUGUAGAUUUAUUGAUUUCAAGUAUCAUGCGAGCACAAUUGGAAAUACUGAUUUAGAACAAAGAGUUUUCUUAAGAAAUUCUUUUGAGAAAUUAAAAGAAGUAGAUUAUCCAACAAUCAAAAUGCAACAAUGGAAUGAAUAUCAGAAUUUGAUUUUGGAACAGAAAAAGAAUUUGUUAUUGUUCCAAAAAAGCCGAGGAGGAGAACAGCAAUUAGAUGAUGCUUGGUGCCAAACAGAUGAACACUUAUUUGACGAGUUUGUAAAUAACAAUAUUAAGCUAAAGUUUGAUAAGUUAAAAGAAAUCAAAAUGAAGAGAUUAUCGCUAAAAAGAAGGCUUUAUUUAAAGGGUUAUUUUGAUAUUACAGAUUUUGACGAUAUUGAGCAAAUAUACGAUGAUAAAAUGCUCAGUAGAUUAGGUCUUGAUAAUCAAUUUAUUAAUGAUUCUUCAGAAGAUGAACUGGAUAAUAUGAUGGAUUUUAUUGAAAAGAUUGACUCAGAAGGCAGAAUAGAAUAUAAUAAUUAUCAAAUUAGGCAAAUUUUAAGCGUAUUCGAUAAGAAAUUUAAGCGAAGAUGCAAACCAGAUUACUAUCAAUUUUUCUUUGGGUAUUUGGAUUAUGAAAAGGAGAAAAAAGAUAAAAAACGUGAUUUGUAUAAACUUAGGGAAUCCGAAAGGACCCCAAAAGAAUUAAAACUUAAACUUGUGGAUUUUCUUGACAAAAAACUAAAUUGGACCGAAAUUGAAACUCCAUGGGAAUGGGAACGUGACUUUGCAAUUGAUGAAAUGGAUCCUUUAAAGAGGGGCGCACCUAAAAUAAGGCUAAGCGAUAUGGACUCAUCGUUAGUUAAAAAAGGCAUCCCAAAUGAAUUCUUGCAAGAGUUAACUGAAAUCAGAAAGGAAUACAGACGAGAAUUAUUAGAUAAUUCUCUAAGAAUAUAUGAAAUGGAGGGGAUAUCAAAAGAUAUUUCAGAUAAUUUAUCAAUUAAUAAAGAAUUUGUGAAAAAUGAAAUAUAUGGAAGUGAGAAGAACAAUCAUUACAAAGAACUAAUUCAGAAAAUAACAGAAGAAAGUGACAAUGAUGAUAUAACUCUACCUUGGAAAUUAAAAAAAGGUCUUAUAGGAAAAAAUAAAUCGAUAAAUAAAAUGAAAUUUAAGAAUGAACCAGAGGAAUCAAACGAAAGAAAUUCGGAUGAUGAGCAAAAAUACAAAAUAAUAAUUGAAAGAGAAGAUAAUAUUGGUGAUUAUAAUAAUAAUGAAAACGAAUUAUCUAGUUUUCCUGACUAUAAAAUUGAUAAUUACCAACCAAUCCCAGAUUCAGAUCUUAAUUUGCAACUCGAAGAUGAUGUUAUAAUAAACUUAAGUAAACUUAUUCUAACUAAGGGAAUUUCAGACGAAUUGAAAAACGAUCUAACUAGACAUCUUGAGAAAAUACUCCAGCAUAUGAACCGAAGUCCAUCCGAUCUUCAACCUUCUAAUGUUAAAAGGGAGCUAACAAAUCAGAUUAAGAGUUCAUUUGGAAGUAAAGUCUUUACAAUAAAGAACAAGCCGGUAUUAAGCCAUUCUAAACAAUUCACCGGAUUAAAGAAUAUUAAUAUCUCAGGAGUUCAAGAAAAAAAUAAAAUUCCGAACGAACUAGUCGAUGGAAAGGACGCAAGUCUGAUUACUAGAAUUAUCAAACAAUCAGAACAACCAAAAAGAGCGCAAUUUAAUAUGGACGCUGAUCAGAUUGAGAAUAAUUUGAAUAUAUUGCGCAAUGCUGCUGGAAUAUUGCAAGUAUUAGGUGAAUUAGAAGAAGAAUCGAACUUGAUCAAAAAUCACGAGAAACUAAAAAAAAUGGUGUCUGAAAAAGUUGAAAAUAAUGAAUUUGAUUUAGACAUUAACGAAAUAAAAACAAUUGAAGACGGUGUUGAGGCAUUAAUAAAAGAUAUUUUAGAAAAAAGAAAUAUAGGAAAACAAAAGUUAAAAUCUGAACUUAUAGAAUUUAAGCCAGAUCAGACAGAUGAAGAUAUACUAAUUUAG